AGGACAGGAUGCCCAACGCUUUCCCAUGACCCAACGCAAGGACCACCUAGCUAUUUGGAGCCGGUCGACUUUUCAAUGCUGUGGUGCGAUAUGUCACAAUCGCCUAAGCAAGCGGUGUACGUGUAGAUACUGUCCCUAUAAUUUUAUCAGCCAUUGUUUGUUGAUUUUAUUUGCCGUCGAUAAUGAGUGAAGAUCGAGGAUGUGUAUCUUCAGAUGCUAACCCCUAUUGAUGAUUAGUUGGGUAGCGGUAGGAGUAGUACUCGUCGAACUCGGCCCAUCAUGGUUGAUCUGCUAUGUUUGUUCUUCUGUGUGACUGUGUGACGGAAUAUUUUUUAUUACGAUGAUGAGCAUGUUGGCGUUCAACACGUGUAGCAUGCAUCAUGUCUCCUGUUGCUGUUCGACGAUCCCACCACUCGUGAGGAACAAGAUAGCAGGACCAUUAUGACUUCUAGCAAGGCUCGUGGUGGCAUGGAGGAGAGCGGUGAUGCGUUUGAGAGCUGCGACGAGCGUCCUGAGCUGGUGCUGCCCGAACAGUCAUCGAGCCCAGCAGACGGAAGCACUCAAAAAAGAGCAUUCGAAAAUGGAGGAGAGCAUUCGAAAAAGAGCGCGCAGAAUACGAACUACACUGCUGAAGGAGCAAAAAAAAAUCGCAACAUUAGAGCAAAUGAUGUUGGGAAAGGGGACAACUACGACGAGGAUGCUUCGUCCAUAAGAAACAAAACGAAGCUCUCACCGGAGCGAGCAGAAGGCUCGCCACAAACAACAGGUACUAUCGAAAGUGGUACUAGUGGAAGCGAAAAGCAAAGUGCGUGUGCUGAGCCAGCCGUGACAGGUGAAGAUGAGAAAGGAGAAGCUGACGCGGCUGGUGUCGAUCUCCCCGUGCCAGCUACAAGCGGUGCUAGAGAAGACGAUGGUCAAGAGGAUGAGCAGCAAGGCAACAUCCCGCUUGACGAAGCUCUGACGACAGCGGAUGUCGCACUACCAGCAUCUUCGGUGCAAGGUGAGAACUCGCCUGUCGCCUCCGACAAAGCAGAAAUCAGCUACGAUGACAUUGAAGAUACCAGGAGCAAGAGCGAUUUGGUGCACGGGCAGGAAGAACUAGACGAGACGAAGCAUGCUAAUCAUGUUGACCGGUCACUAGACGAUAUCGAUUUAAAAGAUCACGUGUCCUUUCCUGAAGAUCAGCUAUUAGACGAAAUCGAUUUACGAGAUCACGUGUCCUCAGAUUAAGGCUGUUGUAGCUAAUCAUGCAUCUUUGAUUGACUGCAUCCUUGAAACGUAUGGGGGAGUAUUACAAGGGAAUGCUCCCCUAUCGUUUUCAGGGAUGCGCUUGAAAGGUGAACUGCGGACGGUUCUAAGCAGAAACGGACGAGGAGUUUUUACGGAGGCAUGAGGACCUCAUGCUAGAAGAGGAGCCUGGAGGCGAAAAAAUGAAACAACAUCAAGAACAACAUCAACAUCAUCUCUAUACUACUAGAACAAGGAAGGACCACGUUGCUGCAGAACCAGAAAGGAGUAGUGUCGGUUAUAUCAAAAGAACUGAAGAAGAAGAAGAAGAAGAAGAAGCACCAUUAGAAGAUGAAGGGGGUGUAGAUGUAGUUAUAGCUGCGGGAGCAAGUAGGGAUGAUACGGAGCAGCAAGGGGACGAGCUUACCGCUGGGGCAAGCGUCGCACGAAAGGAACAAGGUAGAGAGGGAGACGAUAUAAUAAAGCGGUCGCCAGGUGAAGAAGCCAAAAGUGAGGCUGCAAUAAUUGAGGGAGACGUCUAUCUUCCUCUACCAGCCACUUCUCCAGGAAUUUUGGAUGGACACCAACGUAACUCGUCUAAUUUGCCUCUGUCACGCGAUCCAGUCUCCACGCUCCAGGCACCUAAUGUAUCAGAGGAAGUGCUGCCGGAAAGGGUGGGUACCUACGACGAGAGCGGUAGCGAGCCUUCCUCUCCUGGUUUGACGUCACUCGACUCCUUCCUCAACGAUGGCUCCAUGGCAGCUCUUCGUCGUGCGGGGGGUAGUACAGGCUCUUUAAUAUCUACAGGAGAAACUACAGGACGACGGAAGCGGAAAAGCGCAAUUGUUGGCUGUCUGGGUGGUGAGCUUCGGACAAGUGCCUCUUCGCCUUUAUCAUCAGAAAAAACCGUUCUUGGAGGUACUUUUGCGUCAGUGACGAAUUUGACGGGCUUGCCAACUGCCCCAGUGAAAAAGAUCGUGGUUCCUUUCGUCGCUGAAGCAGAUGAAGACGAGACGAGCUGGUCUAGCAGUUUGGAAGAGGUCGGGGGCGCGAAUAGAAGUAGUACUACUGCAAAUAUUGCCUCGAAAAUGAUGGCCACAAGUCAACACGUACUGGAUCUCACCGAACAUUUGCGACCCGAUGGACAGAGUCCUGAUUCUGAGGAGCAUGAUCGAAGCUUUUUUUCCAGCCCGUCAACCCAGCUAUUUGGGAGGGGAAACUACGACGAAGCUUCUAAAAACAAGAAACAUCCUAGCCGAAUUCAACCUUCACAUCCGCUGAAUGGCGGGGGCAGCUCUGUAUUUUCACCGGGUACGCGAUUCCCUGGAGAUGUGUACAGUGACCGCGGAGGCGGUGGUGCAAGAAAGAACACCCUUCGACGGGAUUUCGACGAUCAGCACGAAGAAGAAGAAGUGGAUACUGGUCUCAGCGGAGUCUUGUCUGCUCAGUCGUCAACCACAGGACCUCAACAGGAUGUUGUUGAUGUUUUCGGCUCGCAGACAGAAGAGAGGCGCUUGCAGAGUGGUGUUCCACGCCUGCUAGAGGAGAUGAAUGUGGCGUCGCGACGUGUGAAUGAGCAUGAGCGGGAGGCGGCCGAACGCAAGAAGAAGCAUGCAGCGUUGCUGACCUCGUGGAAGGCGACCUAUCGGAACAUGCGGUCCCUUCGCGGCCGCGACAUUGACACCGCGCGCCCCUUUUUCGAGCAGGAGGAGCGUAAGCAGCGUUUGGCCAGCGAAAUGCAGGCAAGCCUUUUGCAAUUCACGGACGCACAGAGUGCUGCUGACGAAGCGAAGAUUGCUCUACGGGAGGUGGAAGAGCGGCUCCACUUUGGGGCACACGAGGUGCGGCUGGAUGCAGGCGACCAAGAGGAACUCUCACGCGCUAGUCUAGCGGUAAUGGAGUGCACCGCGGCGCGAGACCGCGCAGAAAAAGCCUACGGGGCAAUUUUGCGACGAUUCAUGACCGCGGCUGAACUUUUAGACAGCUUGCGUGCUCAGAUCGGUCCGUGGCUUGUGGACGACGUCCGACCCCUGUUCCGUCAGAUGGUCUACUACCAAGAGUCCCUAUCUUAAGACUAAGUAGGUUUUUUUACUUCAACUGAUGUCACUGUGUAAGUCAGUUCUUAGACGUAGAAAUUGUCGGGUAGGUGUAACAUUACCCGAGGUCAUAAGAACUAGAACAUGGGCGCAUACAUGACAUACAAGCAGCCCUCUGGUGGCGUUGAAAGUUUCUUUUGGCACCCCCUACUUUCUCAAUACAUGACAUACAUGGAUUUGGAUGAUUGAGGAAGUAGCUUGUCUAAUCUUUCUCGCUUGACGUUGAUGCAGCGGAAGCCGAAGCAAGGGCACACCAGGCAAGGCUGGAUUACCAGGGAGCUCUGCGUGCGCUAGAGAGUAUCAACGAGCAAAUUCAUGCUCUGCGUAGCACUCCGUCAUCCUCAUCGUCGACGCCGACCACCAAUGCUGAAGGAGGAAGCUCUAGUACGAUGGACAACUUAAUACCAGGAGCAGCAAGGAGCCCGCAUCGGGGCUCGAAUGACGUUUCGUUAAUAGAGCGCGCGCCACGAGGACUGCCGCCCCCCCAGGCAUUAUCAUCAGGCCACGAUUAUAAGGCGCCGCAGAAUUCUGGAGCAGGGUUGAAAGAAAAAUUCGUUGAGAGUAGCUCGACUGGCAGCCGCAGCAAUGUGGGAAGCCCUUCUCUGCCUUUGCUGUCUGGCAGUUCAUCUCCGUCAUCUACCUCAAUGAGGGAGAGGGUGCGACCGCCGCCUGGGAAAGAGGUGGCGGGGAGCCCCGAUUACGAUGGCGGAGGUCAUGAUGCGGAUCCCCUUGUCGUGGACUUCUCUACUAGUACAACGAGUGUUCGCGCCUCAGAGUCAGUACCAACGUCGUUGUUCUUGAGUAGCAACAGUCACAAUUACGACUUUCGCCGCCCCUUCCGACCCGAUCGAACCGAUAUAGGCGACGGUCUGUGAUGAUUUUGAGAACCUGCAGUAGAACUGUCGAUAAGUAGAUGUUUUCAUCCUGGUACUAGGUCAAAGGAGUCGUGCAUGUCAUUUGCUAUUCAUUUUGUUUCCAUUGUCUACAGAAUCAGAACGCUUUGCGAAUAGAGUGUGGCCUGAAAGUAUUGUCUGCGAACUAUAGAACGCGGAAGAUAUUCCUCGCUGUUUUCGCUGGCGCGAAUAUCAUCUUUAGUUUCGCAUUAUAAGUAUUUGCUCAGCAUUAUAAUAACAU